AACCCAGCUCCCAAUCCAAAUGAGCCGUGGUGUUGUGGCAGUCGCCGUGCUGCUGGCCGCGCUGGUGGCUGCGAUCUCGCUGCCGAUGGGCGUCCGCAGCGCAGACAGCAGCAGCAGCAGCAAUGGAGUGGCCGACCGCGUUGCGCAUCUGGACAAGCUCCAGGCGCGCUCGUCCAGCGGCCUGAUCAAGCUCGACAUUGCAAAGUACACCAGUCUCAUGCGCACAGCCCCGCGCAACUACUCGGUCAUCCUCAUGCUCACAUCGCUCAACCCGCGCCAGAACUGCAAGCCGUGCAGCUUUGGGCACGCCGAGUUUGAAGUCCUCGCGUCGUCGUGGCUGCAAUCGCCCGAGUACCAAUCUGGCCAGCUCUACUUUGCCGUCGCCGAGUUUGAAUCUGCAAGCGAGGUCUUUGAAAAGCUCAAGACGCAAAGCAUCCCGACCAUCAUGCACUUCCCGGCCAUCGGUGGACCAAAGCCGUCCGACACGUACAGGAUGCAGCAACUUGGUCUUGAAGCAGAGAACGUCCUGCGCUUUGUAGCAGAGCGAACGGGCAUCUCCUUCCAGAUCAAGCGCCCGGUCGACUACAUGUUUUACGUGCUCCUCACACUCGGCCUUGUUGUGGGCGCUGCGGUCUUGUACAAGCUUCUCCCUGCUGCCGUGCAGUUCUACCGCAACCCAACGUACUGGGCCUUUGCUGCCGUUACUGUUUGCUUCUUGUUCACUUCUGGGCAAAUGUGGAAUCAAAUCCGCGGCCCGCCGUACAUUGCCGGCAAUCCGAAUGGCCCACCCAUGUUCUUCCAUCCCAGCUCGCAGUCCCAAUUUGGCGUUGAAAGCCAUAUUGUGAUGGCAUUAUAUGCUACCAUUGCUGGCAGCUUCCUGCUUCUCAACAUCAGCGCUCCGUUUGCAUCGACUCCUAUUCUGCGGCGAUCGGCUGUAUAUACGUUCUUGGCAGUGUUUGUCUUCUUCCUGAGCGUGGCAUUCUCCAUCUUCCGGCAAAAGCAGCGAGGCUAUCCCUUCCGCCUCUUUUUCUAAAGCGCGUGCCGUCCUUUCGCGCGGUGAAUUGCCCGCUUGUGGUUCUCUUCCCUCACAAGGCACACAAGGCAGGACACUCGCAUUUAUUCUACUGUUACAUACUCAAAACAUCACUUUCAAUCUGUUCCAAUGACCAUUCUCCAUCUCCAAAUCAAGCAUCCAUCCAGCCUGCGCCUAACUUUGCUCCUUUGCGACUUGUACUCGAGUCCAGUAAGAUACACUGUCACAAAAUGACGAGGGGGUACACAGCAUUUUGGCUGUACAAGCUUUAACUUUUGGCUGUUUUAUUGAGGCCAAGUCCGCAACCAAUACAACAAAGUGCCUC